AUGUUUGCCACAAAGAGGCUAGGAAAGGCAAAGCAAAAACUACCUCCCGGAAUCGAUCUAGCCAAAGCAGAAGAUUUCCGAGAAUGGCAGGUCGACAUCAAAGUCCUCGACGCCAAUCCUCUCUACAUGGAUCAGGUGUACCGGUUGUGCUUCAUAUUCUCCGACAGCUAUCCAAUAGAACCACCUGAAGUCUGCUUUAUCCACAUUCCGCCGUCGGCUACCGAUCCUGCACAAUCCUCUGCCCAAUCUGCUCCUUUGCAGUCUACUUCUCAGCCAUUCCCAGGUCGACCUAUACCUAUACACCCACAUAUCUAUUCCAAUGGUAUCAUCUGCCUCGACCUCCUUGGUACCGCAGGCUGGUCCCCUGUCCAAAGCGUUGAGAGUGUAUGCAUGAGUAUCCAGAGCAUGCUAACGGGAAAUUCCAAGAACGAGCGGCCACAAGGCGACCAGCAGUUUUGUCAAAGUAUGGGAGUGCGCGGUCCGAAUGGUUGGAGUGGCUGGAGGGACGGUGGAAGAGGCCUGAAAGACGUUAGAUUCGCCUAUGAUGAUGAUACGGUGUAA